AGGAAAAAGAAGCAACAGAGGAUGGAUGCUGACAGGAGGAAGCGCACCACUUCCUGUCCAUCUGUGGCGAGUAACAAGUCAAAAGAUGAACAUCUGACAUUCAGCAGGGACAUCAGAACAAACAUGGACGCUGACUUGGGGGAGCACACCUCUUCCUGCCCUUCAGUGACAAGUGACAAAUCCAAAGAUGAACCUUUGAACUUCAGCAGGAAUAUGACGCCAACAGCAGCUGUUCAAAUAAUCAAAGAUGACGGACUGCAGAUUAAAUACGAGGAAUCUGACCUGGAGCUGCCACCGAUGAUUGAAGACUGGACUAAAGACCAUGUGAAAGCCUGGCUAGUCUCUAAACUCAGAGUCUCAAAGGAAGUUGCUCAGAAUCUCUAUGACCAGGAGUUGUCUGGAGCUUGCCUCGCCUCCUUGAAGAAAGAAGAUCUGUUAGAUCUUGGUGUUCCACGAGCCCCAGCUUUACAAAUGUUAAGAGAGAUUGAAAAGUUCAGGCCACAUUCAGACUCAUUAGUGUCCGGUGUUAGAACUCCACAGAGUGAGUAUGAGCUCAGAAAAGCUCAAGACGUGUCAGACGGAAUGAAUGAAUACAUGGAAACGGCAACAGUGUCCUCAGAUUCAGGAAUUCAGAGUCUGAGCUCUGCAGUGCAAAUGCUCCAGAUGCCACCAUGCAAAAUCAACUUGGAGCAAGAUGAAAGCUCAAACUAUGCACAUAGUAUGACUGAGAUUCCUGACACUGAAAUGGCUGUACAACCUCAGAAGCCCUUUAGCCAGAUCCGACCCUUUGAUAGAAGCAAUACCUCCAUGUUUUAUAUGGAAAAUGAUGUUCUUCCUCCCAUGGCUGGGCCAAGUAAUCUCAUUGAUCCCAUCCGCGAGUACGUCCUCCUCCCGAAUGAUAAUGAAGCCAGUGACAGGGAGAUUCUUUAUGAGUUCACAAAGGAAGUGUUUAGUUUUGCUGCUAGCUGCAUGAAUUCCCGAACCAAUGGAACCAUACAUUUUGGAGUACACAGCCUGUCAGACCAUGGAGAGAUUGCUCAAGUGGUUGGGCAAAAGAUCAAGUCUUUCAGAGACUACACUCAGGCUUUUGAAUCAUCUUUUGGAGAGUUCUUUGAGGAACAACAUGUGCAUACUGCCAGAAUGUGCAUUAGAGUACCACAGUUUAUUCAAGUAUGCCAUGAAGACGGAACCAUCUCAGACAGGUGUGUGAUUGAAGUUGAUGUAGUCCCAGUUUAUUCACAGACACUAGAUAACAUUUUUUACACUCAACUGGGUAUUACGGCUGCAGAGAAAAGUCAGCACUGCAAAACUGAGUGUCUUUUUAUCCGGGACGGUCAACGGUCCACGAACCUUUUAGAAGAUCCGAAUCCUCGAUUAACCCAAGAAAAACUGAAAAGCUUGACUGAUAAAGUCAAGAGCUGGGCAACAGCUCGAAAAUCUGCUGAAGAAAGGUAUGAAGUCCAGCUUUUUCAAAGCCACCAGGGCCAAAGGCUGAAGCAACUCGUAACACGCGGAAAAGAUGCCUUUGACAGCUCUCUCCAGGUGAUUGUCGUCACGGACAAAUGUCAUCCCAGCCAGCUGGAGUUCAUGGAUUUCCUGAAGGAGAUGAAGCUCUUUGCUGUACUUGACUUUGACCCAGAGUCUGACGUGAGUGGAACAUGCAGUUUUUACAGAAAAGAUAGUGUUGCCAAUCUUCACUUUCCAAACAUGUACACUGCCCAAGACAGCAUAUCUGCAAUCCUUGGAAAACUUAACUUGUUUAAGCAAACCAGUUGGAUUUUCUGCAAUGGGCGUCUGAAUGAGGAGAAUGAGGAAGACAAGCCACUAACACCCAGUGAAUGGAUUAAGAGGCGCUCCGGGGACAUCAGCAACAUGGUAACCUGGCUUUGUAACCCGGAUUUGAUUUCCAGAGAUAAACUCUUGGUCAUAUUUGUUCUCCACUCUGCAGUAACUGAAAUCUACAACCCAAUCUUGGAGACCUUCUGUGCAAUGUAUCGCUCUCUGGGAGGUGCUGAGAACAUGCUGUGCUUAUGCAGAGAUUCAGCUGUAUUCAAGCACUGGAAGGAUCUGGUAAAGACUCGGUGCCAAGAGGAAAUUUCCAAUAAAUGCAUCUAUGAACUGAGCCUUAUUGAAAUAUCAAGCACCAUCAGAAAACUUAAAGAACCAAAAACACGAUCUUCACAGAGAUAUUUGCCCUCGACAGGCUCCAGCUCUGUCCUGCUGGCAAAAAAAGAUGAAGAACUCAUGACUGUCUUGGACAUUUUAUGUGAAAAUGAGUGCGAAAACACAGAAAUUGAAACUAAUGAUUCCUUUCAGGAGUUUAAGAAACAAACAGAAGAGGACUUUUACAGAGGAGGGCAAGUUUCAUGGUGGAACUUUUACCUCUCAGAGAAUGACUGCAGCCUGCCUUUCAUCAAACGAGACAAAUACAUCGAGUUGUAUGACCUGAUCAUGGCUGUUGGAGCACCCACAUCUCGGUGCUCCAUGAUCAAUCUCUUCCAUCACCCUGGAUGUGGAGGGACUACUCUGGCAAAGCAUGUUCUUUGGAACCUGAGGAGAAAGUUCAGAUGUGCUGUUGUAAAGAACAACAAGGCAACAAACAAUGAAGUUGCUGCUGAGGUCAUAAACUUGCUCACUUAUGGGAGACAGAGUCAGCCAGGCAACACACCUGUCCUCCUAUUGGUGGACAAUUGGGAUGACGUGGAAGAUCUAAAGCUGUGCAUUCUGAGUGGUGCUCGUGACAAAAACCAACAGAGCAAUCUGAUGGCAAUCAUAUUGAACUGUGAGAGAACGCAGUUUCCUGAAGAAAGCUCUCGAAAGAGCCGCAUUCCAAACGUGUUUAUAGCCAACAAGCUGUCCCCUCAAGAGCAGAAACUGUUUUCUGCAAAACUCCAGCAGCUAAAGAAGGACCACGAGAAGCCUGACACCUUCUAUGCCUUCAUGAUAAUGACCAAUAAUUUUAGUGAAACCUAUAUCGCCAAUGUGGUGAGCAACACUGUUAAAGAUCUCGACGCCACUAGCCCACAAGGCAAGCUCUUUUCUUUCCUGGCCUUGCUGAACACCUUUGUCGAUGGAUCCUACAUAUCACUGUCUCUCUGCGAAGAGUUGGUCGGCAUCAAGAAUCCCCUUUGGAAGCGAGAAACUCUUGAAGAAAAAAUGGGUCCAUAUUCCAGCCUUCUGAUAACGUUUACAGUGGAAGAGCAUGGCACCUAUCAAGCAGUGAGAUUCCUACAUCAAAUGAUUGCUCAGAACUGUCUUAAGAUUCUGAAAAGAGACCACAACCUCUCUCUGUCUGACAUGGCAAUGAGCAUCUUGGAGUGUGACAAAGUCUAUAAGUCAUGCAUGGGAAAAGAUUUCCUUUACCAAGAUAUUCAAAGCAUGCUUGUCAGGCGCCACAGAAAAGAACACGGUGGUGACAAAAACACACAGUUUUCCCCUUUAAUUGAGAAAAUAAGAGAAGAAGAGGGUUCUGAGCAUGUCAGAAUUCUCCUGGAAAAAGCCACGGAGAGGUUUGACAGAAGUGCGACACUUCCACAGGCACUUGCAAGACAUUUCUGCUUGAACGAGAAGCAAUUUGAUUCUGCUCUUCGUUGGGCCCUAGACGCACAGAGCAAAAACUCCAAUUCGUACAUUGCCGACACAGUUGGACAAGUGUACAAGAGUCAACUCAAAAAGUACAUUGAGGACUCGGGGUCUCCCACUCCCGAAGUGCUAAAAGAAUGUCUGAUAGUGGGAUCCAAGGCUGUGAAGGCGUUUCAGUAUUCUCAGGAGCUGGCCAACAGAGAUGAGCAGAUGGACCAAUUUGAUAUGAACAACAUGAAGAGGUCUAAGUCCUACAAUACAUCUGGCUAUGUUGGGGAAAUGGAAGUCAUGAUGAUCCUUCUUGACAUUAUUAAAGGUCUCCCUUUUUAUCAGAACAACAAACUUGAAAAAGACAAAAUGCGUCAGUUUCUCAAAGGUCACCUUUCAGCAAAAGACUUGCAUCUCGAUCACAGCAACACAACCACUGACCAGUUUAUAGUUGUUCUCACAGAUCACGCAGACUUUCUGGUUUCCUUCAAGAAGAAGCUGAAGGAAAUAUUUGGAUUUUUUGACAACUACUUUACAUAUCUCCGACAGAGAUCCCAGGAGAGGGAAGCGGCUGAUGAAAGAAAUAAAAAAAAGUUGUCAGAACUAUUCCAAAAGUAUGUUGAGAUCUUCAGCAGUUCAGAAGAAGAGAAGGCAUCUGAAAAGGCCAGAAACCCAAAGCUUAGUCUCCAUCAGGAAGUAAUGGACCAAAUGAACUAUCUGGAAAUGAAGCGAGUGGACUCUUUUGCUGGACUUCUUCAGUGUCUAACUGAGAAAAGUCCAUCAGAAAUGGAGUUUGUUCUGAAAAAAUGGAAGUUCGUCUUUGACAACUCUCCCUCCAAAUCUGGAACCACACUUAACUUCAUCUUGGCAAAUAUAGUAAUGCACUGCAUCAAGCCCUCUUCGAAGCUGGUGAAAAGGUAUGAGGAGCUGGUUGACCUUUUGGAUAAAGAACUGCAAAAGGAAGGUACUCGUUCAAAACUGACUGAGAUGUACUACCUGUCCAUGCUGCUCAUGUGGCCUGCAAAAGACAGAAAACUUGAGAGUACUCCAACCUAUAAAGAUAUCAGCACUUACAUCACAUCAGCCAAGAGGUCCUUCAGCAAACGCUUCUCUCACUUGAUUCCAGCUCGAAGUGCAAUAGCUCAUUUUUUUCUGGGGAAAUCCAGUGGAUUAAAGCGAAUUGUGCCCAAAGUGAAGCUCGACAAAAUUCUUGCUCAGGUAAAUAAAAAGGACAGUGGCAGCAGUCAGAGUAGUCAGCCACACAAUGUGCACCGUCUCUGGCAGAGUGGAACUGCAUGGAAUGAGCCAGACGUGCAGAAAGAGCUGUUGAGGGUAAAAGGGAAAUCAGAGAAUGGAGACAUUUACAUCAACUAUGGAGGAAACCUGAAAAUGUCUGUUCGCCCAGCUUAUCUGGGUGACAUCCGAACUGGAUAUAGCCGGGAGGAUGUAUCUUUCUACCUUGGCUUUACUAUGGAGGGUCCAGUGGCAUAUAAUAUAAAGUAUGAAAAUGACACGUGAACACAUUAUGUAGAACUCAGUGUAGCAGCCUUGACCUCAAAGAACAGAAGAGAGAUUCUGACGGAUGCAGUACUUUCAUUUUGAUUGGCACUUUCAAAACUACAUCAAAAUAAGGAAAAUGUGUAAAAUAUAAUAAACAAUCAACCAUUUACUACAAAAUGUACAAAAUAACACACCUGUCAGCAUUCCCCCAGCUGGCUCCACAUCUGACCACCAGAGGGAGCCCUCACCUGAGUAUUGACUGCACUUCCUCUCCACUCUCACUAGUCACUCCCUCAGCCAUUUCUCCUCAGCUGUUUCCCAUCUUCCUCAUCAGCACCAGUAUUUAGCCAGCUGUCAACCCCUCAGUGUGAAGUCAUUGUACUCCCUGACAUACUGCCUGCGUUCCUCCUUGUUACAGCUCCUGGUUUGUGAUCUCCGCCUGUCUCCUCGCUUGCCGGUCUGCCUUUUCCCUCGACCCAGGCCUGGACCGUGACCUGCCUCGGCCAUGCCCGUUUGUUCAUGGUUGUUAUUAAACCUUACUUGCAAAUGGGUCCAAACGCUGCUGCCUCUUCAUCACAACAGCUCACUUUGCCUGCCAAGGGUGCGAUCUGCAAGGUUUCCCUCCCUAUCUCACUCCCACCUGCUCGGCUUGGGGGGAGGGGCCAACCAAACUAAGUUCCUCAUAAAUGCUGCAGAUAUAAUUCAAAACAACAGCAAUAAAAUACACAACGUACUGAUUCAUAUACGUCUAACAAUCACAGGAGGACACAGCAGAUGAAGUUAAACUUAAAUCUGAACUUACAUGAACUGACUCCAGUCACUAAAGAACUGCGCACGUGAAGCUCCUGGAAACCAAACACAACUUUCCGGAAGUGGAAAACAUUGUGGUCAUUUAUAAAGAGUAGAAAAGGGGUCAUACUUACAUAAAAGGGGCGUGGUCUAAAGUGUUUCACCUGAGAUAAGUGUGUGUCAUUCUGGUUAUUCAAACUAUGUUACAUUUUAUUUUACUAUUAUAUCUACUGACAGGCAAAUAAAGGAUUUAACUUUUGUGUCAGAUUUUAAAUUUAAUUUUACUGCCUACAUUAGUAAAUUAUGUUUGACUGGAUAUGUAUGUAUAAAGGAAUUGAAUAUUAAAAUGUUAAAUGGCACAUUAAUCACCAUAAAGAAAAUAUCAGCUUUUGUUUCAACUUUAUUUACUGUAGGAAUAAACAAUAAACAGACAUGCUGACAGUCCACCAGCUAAAACUCAGAAAAGUACAUUUGUUUUUGUUUUUUAUCAAUACACAAAUGAAACUUUUUAAACUAUUAUAAAAACAAUUAUUUUUAAAACCUGUCUUAUGUUCAUAUUGUAUUUUAAAUGUAUAUAUAUUAUGAUACAGUUAUAUUCAUCUUACAUGUGUGUUAAUUUUUCUUUUUUUUUUUCAAUUAAAGCAUUUCAUUAUUUCUGUAAUGAGUUUGAUACAUCUGUUCAAUUUUGUUCUGUUGUGUACAAUUAAUGCUUGAAAUAAACUAAUAAUUCAAGCAAUCAAACUUUGCUGUUUCAUAAAGUUUAAAUGUCUUUCACAUUGUUUCUGUCAUUGUUAUUGUUUUCCCUUCAUGUUGAAAUAUUAAUACAGCACUUCGUAGUGAAAUGCAGGUGAACAUGAACAGUCUGUCGUAUGUUUGUGGUUCUCUCUUCUGUUGUUUUUGUUGGCCUGUUUGAAAGUAGGAGACCUGAAAGUCCCAGUAUUUCUUUCUUUUUUUUUUAUCUGGGCAGGGUCCAAUAUCGGUAUGGAACUUUGGGGGUUUGGCGGGUUGGGGUCUCCAUUGGUCAGACUGCCUCGGUUCCAUCAGUACCUGACCAGAGCUCGGGCAGGGGCGGCCCUUGGUGCGGGGGCCUGGGCUUGCCCCUAAGACUGGCUCCUCUCUUUGUGUGGGGUCUUCUUGCAGCGAGGCCCCAGGACUGGUGACAUUUGGGAGCAACACUUGGGGGGGUAAGCUGGUGUUACCCUGCAAUGUGCCUCGGUUGUGGAGCUGCUACUUGGCAGUGGCCCUCCUCAUGGUUGGACAUCACUGUGAGCAAGCAGGAGAUGUCCCCUCAGUGCCCUACUCGCCAAUGUUCAACAAUCUUCA